GAUGGCACAAACUACCCACGGAUUUGCACCUAUUUUUAAUACGAGUAGCGGUCUUAUGUAUUCUACUCAUACACCCAACCUGGCAGCUUACCAGGUUUCUAAGCGACUUAAAGAAUUAUUUGCGACAACAGAAGAAGAUUAUAAAAGAGGUUUAAAUCCAUGGAACAGAAAGGCUGAUGACGCCAUUUUUGAUAAAGAGGGCGAAUUGGCCUAUUGUUCCUAUGCUGCCACCAUAAAAGCCAAUCAACCAGAAGAAGGAAUAGAAACUCGCAAAAAAGAAUCCUUCCUUAAUAGCCUGUUAAAAGAAACCCAAA